AGCCACAUUCUCGGUUUCUUCCUGGUGUGGAAAACACACUGUGAUGGAACACCAAGCUUUUGUAGCACUAGUAGCUGGCGUCACAGGGAUGGCUGGGCUGAGCCUAGCCCAAGCCCUGAAGGAGCCCAACUGUCCCGGAGGCCCAUGGAAAGUUUACGGCGCCGCUCGCAGGCCACCGCCAAGUUGGUUCCCUCCUUCCACCGUCGACCACUUUAUCACCUUUGACGCCGUCGACUCUUCCGACACGCACGCCAAGCUUUCCCCCUUUGCGAGUGAAGUCACCCACCUAUUCUGGAUCAGCUUGCAGGUUCGUGCAGAUGAAGAAGACAACGUGAGAAUCAACAAAACCAUGCUACUCAACGUUCUCACCGCCCUCAAAUCCUGCACGCAUUCAAAGCUCGCCCAUGUAACGGUCCAAACCGGAACGCAACACUACAUGGGCCCAAUUCACGAUCCAGUCCUCUCCACCAAACUCAUCUCCCACGACCCACCAUUUCACGAGAGCAUGGCGAGGCUCCCUUACCCCAACUUCUACUACGCGCUCGAGGAUCUCGUUGAAUCUUACGCGCCAUCGUUCACCUACUCAGUGCACCGCUCUUCUAUCAUAGUAGGCGCGUCCUCCAGGAGUAUAUACAACUCGCUGCUCACGCUAGCAACCUACGCCGUAAUUUGUCGCCAUGUAGGAUUGGCGUUUCGGUACCCGGGAACGAAGUACACGUGGGAGCAUUUCUGUGACAUGACCGACGCCGGAGUGUUGGCCCAGCAGCACGUGUGGGCUGCGGUUACCCCUGAAACUAGAAAUGAGGCAUUCAAUUGCACAAACGGCGACGUUUUUACGUGGAAGAGCAUCUGGAAGUUGCUCUGUGAACUUUUCGAUGUGGAAUUUGUACCGUUUGAUGAAACGCAAACGUUUGAUGUGGUGGAGCUGAUGCGUGAUAAGGGUAGCAUUUGGAAAGAGAUAGUGGAGAAAUACGAGCUUCACAACACCAUAUUGGAGGAAAUAACAUGCUAUGACGCCCUCCAAGCAGUGCUACGUUUUAAGUUUCAACAUGUGUCUAGCAUGAACAAGAGUAGAGAAUAUGGAUUUUUUGGGCAUGUUGAUACCUUCAAGAGUAUCAGAUUUUGGGUGGAGAAACUGAGAGAGAUGAAGAUCAUACCAUCGUAUCAACACUGAACUUCAUAUUUUCUCUGCUUUGUCAUGUGCUAAUAGCAUGGUUAAAUAAAGGCUAUACAUAUAUCACUGAUUAUAAA